AUGAACGGAGGCGCCGCCCCACCAUCGGUGGCGAGCGCGGCCACGGCCGCCGCGACGCCGCCUCACCGGCGGCUGCCGGACUUCCUCCAGAGCGUGAACCUCAAGUACGUCAAGCUGGGGUACCACUACCUCAUCACCCACCUGCUGACGUUGAUGCUGCUCCCGCUGAUGGCCGUGAUCCUCCUCGAGGCCGGGCCCACCGACCCCGACGACCUGCGGCAGCUGUGGCUCCACCUCCAGUACAACCUCGUGUCCGUGCUCGUCCUCUCCGCCGUGCUCGUGUUCGGCGCCACCGUGUACGUGCUCACCCGCCCCCGCCCCGUCUACCUGGUGGACUUCGCCUGCUACAAGCCGCCCGCCCACCUCCAGGUCCCGUUCGAGGAGUUCAUGCGCCACUCCAAGCUGUGCGGCUUCUCCGAGGACGCGCUGGAGUUCCAGCGCAAGAUCCUGGAGCGGUCCGGGCUCAGCGAGGAGACGUACGCCCCCGAGGCCAUGCACGCGAUCCCGCCGCAGCCCACGAUGGCCAACGCCCGCGCCGAGGCCGAGACCGUCAUGUUCGGCGCGCUCGACAACCUGUUCAGGUCCACGGGCGUCAAGCCCAAGGACGUUGGCGUGCUCGUGGUGAACUGCAGCCUCUUCAACCCCACGCCGUCGCUGUCGGCCAUGAUCGUGAACAAGUACAAGCUCCGCGGGAACAUCCGCAGCUUCAACCUCGGCGGGAUGGGGUGCAGCGCCGGCGUGAUCGCCGUGGACCUGGCCCGCGACAUGCUGCAGGUGCACCGCGGCACCUACGCCGUGGUGGUAAGCACGGAGAACAUCACCCAGAACUGGUACUUCGGGAACCGCAAGUCGAUGCUGAUCCCGAACUGCCUGUUCCGCGUGGGCGGCGCGGCGGUGCUGCUGUCGAACCGCGGCGCGGACCGGCGGCGCGCCAAGUACUCGCUGAGGCACGUGGUGCGCACGCACAAGGGCGCGGACGACAAGGCGUUCAACUGCGUGUACCAGGAGCAGGACGGCGAGGGCAAGACCGGCGUGUCGCUGUCCAAGGACCUGAUGGCCAUCGCGGGCGGCGCGCUCAAGACCAACAUCACGACGCUGGGCCCGCUGGUGCUCCCCGUGAGCGAGCAGCUGCUCUUCUUUGCGACGCUGGUGGCGAAGAAGCUGCUGAGCGCCAAGAUGAAGCCCUACAUCCCGGACUUCAAGCUGGCGUUCGAGCACUUCUGCAUCCACGCGGGCGGGCGCGCGGUGAUCGACGAGCUGGAGAAGAACCUGCAGCUGAGCCCCGCCCACGUGGAGGCGUCCCGGAUGACGCUCCACCGGUUCGGCAACACCUCCAGCAGCUCCAUCUGGUACGAGCUCGCCUACAUGGAAGCCAAGGGCCGCGUCCGCCGCGGCCACCGCAUCUGGCAGAUCGCCUUCGGCAGCGGGUUCAAGUGCAACAGCGCCGUGUGGCACGCCCUGCGCAACGUCAAGCCGUCGCCCGACAACCCCUGGGAGGACUGCAUUGACCGCUACCCGGUGGAGCUCGUCGACGGCUUCCCCACGCACAAACCGCAGCAAUAG